GCUCACGAAUGGACAUCAAGGUGCCCAUACUGUGCCAGUGUAAAACAAUUUACUUAUGACAGGGAUAUAGCUAACCGAGUUAAAAUCACACGCGAUUGCUGUUUUAUUCUACUACGUGAUUCGGUUGUUUUGUUUGUUAACUGUAAGCAAUGAGCGUGGAGGUGGAGAGGAAAUUUGUGUGUGAUGCUGACAUUCAGAAAAGACUGGAGGAGGUAGGAGCCGUGUGCAUUGGCCAGUGUGAGUUUCAAGACCGCUACUAUGACUCUGCAGACUUCCACCUCACCUUGAGAAAUGUCUGGCUCCGCUGUCGCCAGGGCAGCUGGGAGCUGAAGUACCCCACUGUUACAGAGCUAGAGGACAGAGGGGGGGCUUCGCUGUGUUCCCGAUAUGUAGAGGUGACAAAUCUACCUCAGAUUCAACUGAAAGUCAGAGAAAUGAUGAGUGAGAGUGAUAAUGAGCCAGAAGUGAAGGAGGGAGGUUGUGCCAGCAACACACACCCAGUCCACGGAGACAGAGCCUGCACAGGAGCCAAUGAGAGCAGCCCUGCAGACCACGCGUGGCUGGCUGAACUAAAACUGGUUUGCUUUGCAAAUUAUACAACUGUGCGACGUUCGUUCGGUUUUAAAGAGGAAGGAGUUCGCGUGGACUUGGAUCAGGCAGACUUUGGAUACUGUGUUGGAGAAAUCGAGGUGAUUGUGCCUGAAGGAGAAGACACUCAGCCUGCUUUGAAGACAAUUAGAAAUACUGCUCAGAAGCUGGGCCUGUCUGGUGAUCAAAGAGUUCAGGGGAAAAUGGAUGUCUACCUGCAAACCUACUGCCCAGAGCACUACACUAAAUUACUGAAUGCACAUAUAUUGUAAGAAAUAGGAUAACUUGUAGCAAUGCAUUUUUCAUCUAUUAAUAUCCUUUCACAUUUCCAUACCCCCACUUGCAUAUUUGAUUGCUUAUCUAAACUGUCAGUCUCACAUUAUUCUAACAAAGUAAUUCCUAUGUAAUUCAAAACGAGCAAAGAUUUUGUCAUAUCAUAAAGUAAAGAUUGUUGUGGCUGCCAUUUGAUCCCGUUUUGAAUUCAUGUGAUUUCUGAGGUAAUCGACUUUAAUCUGGGACCCUCUUUAGAAACAUGUAGUGCCUGUUACUAUUGACAGUGAAGUUUUCUUUGAGUGCCACUCUUUUGAAAGACACAAUAAAAUGGCCUAUUCUUGAAAA